UGAUCAAGCUGAUCAGUCUCCUUCACUUCACAACGGCAUCUGUGAACUUCAAACAAAAGACUUCAUAUCUUCGACAUCUUUUACAUCAACCUUUGGCACGAUACUCAGUCAUGGCUUCGUCAGCCGGAAAACCAUCGGUUCAGGCUUUGAUGGAGCAAAAACAGAAGGAGGCCACUUUGAAUAUGGGUGAAAAUUUUACGAAGCGGGACGAUUUGAUUAAAUUCGAGAAAGAUGCACAACUCAAAUGGGCACAAAUGAAAGUUUUCGAGACCGAUUCUCCACAUGUCAAUGAUUCAACUUUGACAGAUUUGAGCCCCGAUCAACUACGAGAAAAAUAUCCCAAAUUCUUCGGGACCUUUCCAUACCCUUACAUGAAUGGUUCCCUCCAUCUCGGUCAUGCCUUUACGAUCUCAAAGAUAGAGUUUGCUGUUGGAUUUGAACGAAUGAGAGGAAAACGUGCGCUAUUCCCUGUAGGUUGGCAUGCUACAGGAAUGCCGAUCAAAUCAGCAUCUGAUAAAAUCAUUCGAGAGUUAGAACUCUUUGGAAACGAUUUGGAAAAGUUUGUCAACCCUGAGGCAGUAGUUGAAGAAAUCACCACAAUUGAAGUAAAGGCUGAGAGUGAGGGUGCUGACAAGAGUAAAGCCAAAAAGGGUAAAAUUCAAGCUAAAUCUACCGGACUUCAAUAUCAAUUCCAAAUCAUGGAAAGUAUCGGGGUCAAACGAGAAGAAAUCAAAAAGUUUGCCGAUCCUCAAUACUGGCUUACCUAUUUCCCUCCGAUUGCCAAGGAUGAUAUCAAUGCAUUGGGCGCUCGAGUGGAUUGGCGUAGGUCUUUCAUCACCACCGAUAUUAAUCCCUACUACGAUGCUUUCGUCCGAUGGCAAAUGAACCGUCUCCGUCAAAAAGGCUACGUGAAAUUCGGCGAACGAUAUACGGUCUAUAGUCCCAGGGACGGUCAACCUUGCAUGGAUCACGAUAGAUCAAGCGGUGAACGUAUGGGACCUCAAGAAUAUACAUGUAUCAAGAUGAGAGUCAUGGAAUGGGGUCCAAACGUUCCAUCUAGCUUGAAAGAAAAGGUGGUUGAGAAGGAGGUCUAUUUCAUCGCUGCUACUCUCCGACCUGAAACGAUGUAUGGACAAACCAACUGCUUUGUGGGACCGUCUAUCCAAUAUGGUUUAUUCGAAGCAAAGGAUGGAUCAGUCUAUCUUUGCACGGAGCGAUCGAUUCGGAACAUGUCUUUCCAGAACCUUACCUCCACUCGUGGCGUAGCACCGCAAUUAAUCUCAGUUAGCGGUCAAGACCUCAUCGGGACGAAGAUCAAUGCACCCAAUGGUGUCCACCAAGCAGUUUAUAUCUUACCCAUGGAAACCGUCCUGGCUACAAAAGGGACUGGUGUUGUGACUUCCGUUCCAUCUGAUUCCCCGGACGAUUAUAUUAAUCUCAUGCAUCUUCGAAAGAAGGCGGCCUACUUCAAGAUCGAUCCCGCAUGGAUUGCGUUCGACCCGGUUCCGGUGCUGAGUACGGAAGAGUUUGGGGAUAUGUCUGCUCCUAAACUAGUCGAAAUGUUGAAGAUUGACUCUCCAAAGGAUUCUGUCAAACUUGCGGAAGCCAAGGAGCGAGCCUACAAGGCUGGUUUCUAUCAAGGCAAGAUGCUCGUAGGAAAAUUUGCUGGGGAGCCAGUUGAGAAGGCUAAAGCUAAAGUCCGUGAGGAAAUGAUCGGACAAGGACUGGCGUUUGCUUACAGCGAGCCUGAAGGACAAAUCAUUAGUCGGAGCGGAGAUGAGUGUGUGGUCGCUCUUUGUGAUCAGUGGUAUCUUGAUUACGGUGAACCUGCUUGGCAGGCUAAGGCGUUCAAGUUACUUGAGCGCAUGAACAUCCGCGAUCCCUCUACGAAGAAGAAAUUUCAAGAAGAUCUCGACUGGCUGCAUCAGUGGGCCUGUGCUCGAAGUUAUGGGUUGGGAUCUAAGCUGCCUUGGGAUCCCCAGUUCUUAGUCGAGUCCUUAUCCGAUUCGACGAUUUACAUGGCAUACUACACAAUCAGUCAUCUACUCCAUGGCCCAUCUUCCGGAGAAGCGGGCGAUAUUUUUGGUACCACCACUGGGCCAUUGGGUGUUACACCUGACCAAAUGUCCGAUGAAGUGUGGGAUUAUGUAUUUGGUACAGAUGAGGUUACAUUCCCAUCUCAGCAAACCAACCCAGGCGUAGAGCCAUUGUCGAAAGACAAAGCUGAUAUCAUGCGACGCGAAUUCCGUUAUUUUUACCCGAUGGACGUCCGCAGUAGUGGAAAAGAUUUAAUCUCGAACCAUUUAUCUUUCUGUAUCUACGUUCACACUGCACUCUUUGAUGAACAGUUUUGGCCUCGCACUAUGAGGGCUAAUGGACAUCUGAUGUUGAACGGGAAGAAGAUGAGCAAGUCGACAGGAAAUUCUUUGACCCUUCGUGACAGUCUUCGGAAAUUCGGCGCGGAUGCAACACGGGUUGCCUUGGCUGAUGCUGGAGAUGGAUUUGAUGAUGCCAAUUUUGAAGAGCUAUCUGCUAAUGCUUCAAUUUUGAGGCUACAUACUUUGGCGGAAUGGUCAAAGGAUGUCAUCACAAACAACCAUACAUUCCGUAGUGGUGAAUAUAACCUUUUUGAUCGGAUUUUUGAAAACGAGAUCAAUUUGGCAAUCACGAAAUCAUACAAGGCAUAUGAAGCAUCGAUGUACAAAGAAGCUCAGAAAACGGGCUUUUACGAGCUCUUGGGCGCUCGCGAUUGGUAUCGCGACUUUACCGCAGAAGAGGGUGGGAUGCACGCAGACUUACUAAAGUAUUAUGUCCGUGUUCAGACCUUGUUGAUCACACCCAUCACUCCACAUUUUGCUGAGCACAUCUGGACCAACGUGCUCGGUGAGUCCGAUACAAUCCAAAGGGCUCGUUUCCCUACUCCUUCUCGGGAGAUUGAGAGGGCAGUGAUCGACGCUGCUGAAUAUGUCAAAGAGACGGUUCGAAAGAUCCGGACGACAGAAUUGGCUCUUGGGAAACGGAAAGCUAAAGCUAAAGGUGGCGCUGGUCCAGGAUCACAACUUACCUUUGAUGCAACCAAGCCAAAGGCUCUUAGGAUCUUUGUCUCUAAAGAGUUUCCAAAGUGGCAGAGUCAGUGUGUAGAGAUUCUUGCACGUCAUUUUGAUAAAUCGACUGGUAUGAUUGAUGAGAAAGCUAUGAGGGCUGAGUUGGAAAAGGAAGGAUUGUUCAAGGAGAAAAAGACAAUGCCAUUCAUUAUGAUUAUGAAGACUCGAAUCCGAGAAUUGGGCGCCUCUGCCUUGGAACGGGCUCUCAGCUUUGAUGAAACAGAUGUACUUCAACGUUCAUUAGGAUACCUGAAGCGUACACUCAAGUAUGACCUUAUCGAACUUGAAAGUACGGUGGAAGCUGUGAAGAAAGUCAAAUUAUUUGAGGAUGCUCGUACGGAGAACGAAUCGAAACCAGGAGAACGGGAAGGUUAUAAUCUGGCCAUUAUUGAAGUGGCUGAACCAGGAUCACCAGCGUUUGUGGUAUAUAAUUCAUUAUGAUACACAAUGUAAUAGUCGAUAAGAUUGAUCAGUAUACCAUCAAGCGCAUAUUCAAUGAUCGUGGCAAACCAGCAUGGUGCCCUCUCGUUGGUGUUUGUAGAUAAUGUACAUACCAACUAUGAGAUUGAAGUAUAAGAUUACAUGCCUGUCGGUCAGUUGCGCUUGGCCAAAUCGUGUCUGUACCGUUCAAAGGACCUGAUACACUCAUUUCAAAGCUCCCGUGAAAUAUCAUCUAAUUCCAAAAAAAUGGACUGCAAUCAACUCGUUUUACGUGAAGGUAUGAAAUCUCAGUGAUUUGGGUUCUUUGGGAUUGAAAAUCACGAGUAAUGCAAAAGAGCCUCCUGGCUCCAAGUAACUUCAUACUCUUCAUAUCUUUACUAAAACAAAUGCAAUCAUUUCUUUUCACAUGAGUUUUCCAGCGUGAUAAUGUAUGUAGUCACUUUGACUUGGGCCUUGAUGAUCAAAACUAUGCUGGUUU